AUGUCAUACGAGGUCGACGCAAGUACUGGGCCAAAUCCCACAGUGACCGUGAUAGACCCUCCUGUAAAAAACCCAAGCUCGACUAUGGAGUCGGCGCCCCCAGCGGCCGAUGACGUCAAUGCCGCUCUACCGGAUGCGCAUCGCAAGAGGGACGAAGAACUACCGUCUACAAAGACGCUUGAAAAGGUUGCGGAUUAUUCGGUACUCGAUAAGAGCGGAGAUAAGCGUACGUUCAAAAGUUUAUACGAGGGUCCUGGAUCUACUCGGCGCGUGCUGGUGAUCUUUAUCCGCCACUUCUUCUGCGGGAGCUGCCAAGCAUACGUUCAAACGCUAUCAGAGUCCUUUACCCCAGAGCAACUAUUGCACUUACCAACGCCCACCUCCAUCGUGAUCAUCGGAUGUGGUGAUCCCAGCUUAAUAGACUUCUACGCCAAGGAGACAAAUUGCCCGUUUUCAAUCUAUGCGGAUCCCAAAACCAAGCUCUAUGAUGAGCUGGGCAUGACUUCGACCUAUGCCCUUGGUGCGCAACCCAAAUAUAUCCGAAAGGGUCUGGCACGGAUGGUGACCCAAUCGAUCAUGCAGGAACUCAGGAACAUUGGCAGCGCGCUCACGAUGAAGGGCGGCGAUACGAAGCGAGUAGGAGGGGAGUUUUUGUUUGAGUCGAGUGAAGGGCAAACAGGUGAGAAGAGGGUGUCCUGGUGUCAUCGCAUGACGACUACGAGGGAUCAUGCGGAGGUUGAGGUAUUGAGUAGGAUCCUUCAUGUGGAUGGGACUGAGCUGGUCAAGGAGGAGCAAAAUGUGUCUUCUUGA